AUGGCGUCAGUCGCCAAGAUGAACGCCGCGGUGCAGUCCCCACCACGAGCUGCUGCUGUCUCUCCAUUGCCGCAGCAGACUCAGCAGCGGGUGCGCAUGCUGGCGCAGUACCAGGUGCUCCAGACGCUCGGGUCUGGCCUGCAAGGCAAAGUCAAGCUUGGCGUGGAUACCCGCACGAAGCAGCGCGUGGCGCUGAAGCUCCUUGACGUGGCCAAGAUGCACCGUAAAGCCAUGAUCAAUGUCUAUCGUGAAGUGGAAGCCAUGUCGCGUGUGCUGCAUGCGAACGUGCUGCGUCUCCUGUCAGUGCACGACAGCCUGGUGUACCCAAAACGAGACGGUAGCAGCAGCAAGCAGGUGAUUGUCAUUGUUCUCGAACUGGCGGCCGGUGGCGAGCUCUUUGAUUUUAUGAUGUACACGGGCUGCUUCUCUGAGAGCAUCGCACGGGCCUACUUUCAGCAGCUCAUAGCUGGACUGGAGGCUUGUCAUGCUCAAGGGGUGUACCAUCGGGACAUUAAGCCCGAGAACCUGCUACUGGAUGCCAGCUUUGUGCUAAAAAUUGCAGAUUUUGGACUUUCAGGACUCAAAGAAAGGGCAGAUGGAGCUGUGGUGGAGCUGUACACGCAGUGUGGCACUAGAGGAUACAUGAGUCCGGAAGUGCUGGCGUGUUUGUCGUACGAAGGAGAACCGGUUGACGUGUGGGCAGCUGGAGUCGUGCUAUUUAUUAUGCUGGCCGGUUUUCCGCCCUUCCAAAUUGCGACCGAACAGGACUGGUGGUUUCGAGCGUGCGCGACCAAGCAGUACGACGCCUUUUGGGCGGCACAUGCUCGAUCAGGCACGUUUUCGCCUGGUGCGAUGUCGCUUAUGACGCGGAUAUUUAACGUGAACCCACAAGAACGCAUUACUAUAGCGGAGAUUAAGGCUCAUGCUUGGUUCAAGGAAAGGGUUGUUGCACCAGAGGAUCUACGUACGGAGCUGCUGAGCCGCAAACGGCAGGUAGAGAAGGAAAAGCACAAAGAGCGCGAGGAGAAGAUGCGUGCUGCUGCAACGAAACGGCUGCAGCAGCAAGACGAAAAGUUUGAUCCUUUUGACGUAAACGUUGAGCGAUCGAUGAUACUUCCGACUGCUACAAUAUUUAUGAGUCUAGGGGAGGGUACACGGAAAGCACCAUCCUAUCCAGCCUCCAGUGUAGCGCUUUACACAAGUUUCCGUUCGAGUCGAACAGCAACCGAGCUGCAGAUGCGGGUGGAAAAUGCGUUGCGAGAGCAGUCGGCACGAUUUGUGGUACACAAAGACCGGUUCAAAACUAAGGUCACGAUGCCUACAGACGCAGGCGACGUGGGCUUCGCGGUGCGCAUCUUCUCUCUCGAUAAUGCUGCUGGACAACAUAUGGUGGAAUUCCGGCGUGCAAACGGCGAGUGCCUCAAGUUCCAAGAAGCGUACAAGAAGUUGAGCAACUUGUUGUCUGACCUCAUCUGGGCCAAAGACGACGAGGCGGAAACGACGGACAACUCGUUUGCAGACGAGCUCUUUUCCGAUGCGUUAUGA